AUGAGAUGGAGAUGGCACAAUCCGACACUUGGCCAAUCAUGCUGGUACGCCACGGCAGGAUGCCUUCCCCACGAUCGGUCCUGCCGGCUGCCUGCUCAUUAUUCGCGAUCGUGCAGGUAGACAUCGCAGAGGGACGAAACUGUUAUAAAUAUUGCCCUCGAACCCGACCUGGGAUGUAUCUCCAGACAAAGACUUCGAGAACAACCCCCCACAUCCUUCUCUGUCAUUCCAUACCUCUUAAUCUUUAAUACACAUCAUGCAUACUGUUUCCAAGGGCUUCCUGCUCGUGCUGAGCAGCAACCUGCUUGCUGUCUCUGCCCGUCCCGUGGCCUCAGAUGCCUCCUCUGCCACUUCCACUGCCACGGAGACCCCCGUGAGUUACGGAGACUAUGGCAACUAUGGCAACUACGGAACCUACCAGAACUAUAAGCGCGACGAGGAGCCGGACAGUUCCAGCACCUCGACUGUGGCCGUGCCCACCACCACCGCCGCGAACUACGGCAACUACGGCAACUACGGUGACUAUGGUACAUACGGCAGCUACCAGAACUACAAGCGUGGCGAAGAGCCGGAGAGCUCAAGCACCUCGUCUGCGGAGCCGACCACCACUACCGCUGCUGGUUAUGGCGACUACGUGAACUAUGGCCAAUACAAGAACUACGGGACCUACGAGAACUACAAGCGUGGCGAAGAGCCGGAGAGCUCGAGCACCUCGUCUGCGGAGCCGACCACCACUACCGCUGCGGGUUAUGGCGACUACGUGAACUAUGGCCAAUACAAGAACUACGGGACCUACGAGAACUACAAGCGUGGCGAAGAGCCGGAGAGCUCGAGCACCUCGUCUGCGGAGCCGACCACCACUACCGCUGCUGGUUAUGGCGACUACGUGAACUAUGGCCAAUACAGCAACUACGGGACCUACGUGAACUACAAGCGCGACGAGAAGCCCGAGCCCAGCGAGGCUGUUUCCGAGACGACCUCGACCUCGACCUCGACUGCGGCUGCGACCACCACCACCGCUGCGGGUUAUGGCGACUACGUGAACUAUGGCCAAUACAGCAAUUACGGGACCUACGAGAACUACAAGCGGGAUGCCGAGCCUGAGGCGGAGAGUGAGUCGUCCUCGACGUCGUCUGCUACUGCGACUGCGACUGCGACCCCGGUGUCAUACGGAGACUACGGCAACUACGGCACGUACGCCAACUACGGGUCGUACAAGCGGGACGUUGAGUAAACGGUGCUCGUGAUGGCGACUGGGAUGGAGAAGUAGGGCUCGGGGAGACGUCACCUGACCUGGAGGAAAGGGAUUGGCGGAAGGGCGGCAGUCUGCGGAGAGAUCUUGUUCGUUUGUAUUUAUUGC